AUGGAGAGGGAGAGGAUAAACAUAAUUGGAGAUUGCCUGGAAGCCGUUUAUCACGAGAUAUCCGAGAAAAGAAUCAAUGUACCUGUCGAUAGGCUCAAGGAGGUUGUCGAAGCAAAGACCAAGCCUUCCGACUACGAGAUUGUCAAGAAUGUGGCCAAAGGUGGGUAUGGCGAGGUUUUUCUUGUAAGGAGAGAAAAGAUCUAUGCUAUGAAGAGAGUUUCCAAGGAGCUAGUCCUUAAGCAGCCGCACACUGCUCUGUUCAUGGCGGAGAAAGAGGCCAUGGUUGACUGCAUUGGGAGUGAGUGGCUUGUGUGUGCCCACAUGACGAUGCAGGAUGAGGAGUACCUUUAUUAUCUGAUGGACUUCAUUCCUGGAGGAGACUUUAUGGGGUUACUAUCGAAGGAGGAUGUUCUAGAGGAGGACUGGGUAAGAUUCUAUGCUGCAGAGAUUGUUGCUGCACUUGAUGAGCUCCAUAAGCUGGGAUGGAUACACAGGGAUCUGAAGCCAGACAACGUGCUCAUCGGAAUUGAUGGACAUGUAAAGCUAGCGGACUUUGGCAGCUGCAUUAAAAUGAAGGAUGGAAAGGCGAGAUCAUCCAUUACGGUUGGGACUCCUGACUAUGUCUCUCCGGAUGUCUUGUGCUCGGUGAACGAAGAAUGCGAGUAUGGAGAGGAUGUUGACUUCUGGACGCUUGGUGUCAUAAUCUACGAGAUGAUUUAUGGAACCACGCCGUUUUACUCAGACACUCUGAUGGAAACGUAUCGAAGAAUAACAAGGGUUGAGUUUGGAUUUCCUUUCAAGGUAUCUCCAGAGCUCACAAGCCUGAUUGAGGGCCUAAUAGCAGCAAAGGACAGGAGGAUGAGGAUUGAGGAGAUCAAGAGCCAUGCCUUUUUUGAAGGAGUUGAUUGGAGUAGACUCAAGGAGCUCAAACCUCCCUUUGUUCCUGAGGUCAAUGGAGACUCUGACACGUCCCAUUUUGUUGACACCCAGUUUGAUGCCGAGAAGAGGAAGCUGAAUGUGAAGGGAAACUACAUGCCAUUUGUAGGAUUUACGUUUGACCCAGAAUUUGUAUCCAGGUUCAGCAGCAUGAUUGAGGGGAAGGCGGCCCCUACGAGUGACAGGGUUGAUUCCAUGAUCAAGGAGAAUAGGCAGAUUCUCGAGGAUCUUUUAGUUAAGAUUUCUGAGAACAAGGAGUCUAUUGACUUGCAGAACCAGGAAUUGGCGGACAUGAAUGCAGAACUUGAAAGUACCAGAGUAAAGCUAGAGAUCUCCAGAGACGAAGCCCAGAGGUAUCAGAAAGAGCUCAAGGAAGUGCUGACACAACUGUUGGUUGAAAAAGAGGAGUUAGAGGUGGCUAAGGCCGAGCUUCAGAGAUACAGGAAGUGGCUAAAGAACAUAACCGAGGAGGUGAAUAGCAAGGCUUUUCUUUCAGAAGAGUAUUCCAUUGCAGAAAGGAAGUCCGCGGAGACAGCGGGACUGGAUAUGUCUAUUGAGGAUCUAGGGAAAAGAGGUGUUUUGUUUAAGGAUCUUUCCAUGCCGAUCUAUGAGGUCAGGAAAGAAGCAGAGGAGAUGGCAGACAUCCUUAGUGAUCUCCAGGAAUCCAUGAGCAGGUUAAGCACGGAGAACAAAGGAUUGAGGUCUGAAGCUGAGGUUUAUAAAGAGAAGUACCACGAGAUUCUUGGGAUAAAGGCAAUGAUUGAAUCUGAGAACAAGAGCCUUACAGAAAAGCUUAAGUCUGGAGGACUGGACGGUCUGAAAAGACAGCUUAGGCUAAAGGCAGCAGAGAUUAAGGAGUACGAGCAAAAACUUAAUCAGGAGAUACUUUUCAGAAAGAGUGUGGAGGAGGAGCUGAAUUUUCUGAAAAGAGAAAAGUCAAAGGUCCAUAGAGUAGCCGUCAAGCAGUCCUUUUCAUGCCAUCUCACCAAUGGAGAGCCUACGGUUGUAAAAGUAGAGGAGGAUCGCUUGUGGGUUGGAGACGAAGCCCACUACAUCUCUAACGUCUAUGUUGGGGAGCUGAGGCCAAACGAGCUUCAUCACCUUCCUCAGAAGAAGAUAUCGAUGACCCUGAAGAUUGUCUUUAUGAAUGAGGAAGUCAAGAGUGUGAGCUCAUCUGGACGAAGAAGCCUAAAGUCUCUGGAGGAGGAUCUCAAUACAGAAAUGGCGAUCAAAGAAGGAAUAGAAAAGAUCAGAGCUCUACUUCAAGGCAAAACACUUGAAGAGGCAAACAUGCAGCUUGAAGGAUCGAACAGAAAAAUAAGCCAGCUGAAGGCGGAGAUUGAAAGGUGCAGAAAAAGUACGAUGGUCGAGAACAUCCCUGAGGAUCCCAUCAGGAUUUAUGAGUUUAAUAACCAUCUGUUUGCCCCUAAAACAGUACCCCAGGGAGUUCUCUGUGAUUUCUGUAAUGAGGUUUUAUAUGGGCUUGUCAAUCAAGGAUUCGAAUGUAAAGAUUGUAAGAUGGUUGUGCACAAGUCCUGCUAUGUUCUUGGAGAUAUCUCCUGUGAACUCUAUUCUGCGUUGAAGACAGGAAGGGCAUAUUACGUUACAAUGAGAACAAUCGAGGAAAAGGAAAAGCUCCUGAGCACAUGUAAGGGGUAUUGA